UUUGAAAAUAGGAGGGAAAUUCGAAGAAGAACGCCCUCAAAACGUGAAAUGAGUGAACGUGCAGUGUAGUAAUAUUACCGGUUAUUUCAUCUCUACAGCUCUGCCUUAGAUUAUUUAGAGGCUCCGUUUCGAGGAUAAAUGUCGGGAAUACCUCCAGACACGUGGCAGCCGCCAACUGUUGCCCUGGAAACGACGUAAGUUUGAAUGAGUGGACGUCGAUGCUAACUCAGCUAGUUAGCCGUUAGCUUAACCCUAUCCAUGUUUACCGGCGUAUGGUUUACACAUUUAUCUCAGUUAUUUUAUAUGAAAUAUCUUGUAUACUUUUCCAAACGUGAUCACCCUACAUACAUGAUUAAACAAACGGAUACUGCGUCAAAAAGGAAAACACGCUCACUCACAUAUUCUUCCGUAGUUCUUUGUAAGCGAACUGGUUUCAAUGAAGCCUCAUGAUACAACAUUUAACUCCAAAACCUCUCUUUGUCUCAAAAUCAUGUGCCAGCUGCAAUGUCAGAUAAUCUUUAACCCUCCCAACAUUGUAUUGCAGCAUGGGGACGGUCGUGGUGGAGCUGUACUGGAGACAUGCACCAAAGACCUGCAAGAACUUCGCAGAGCUGGCCAGAAGAGGUUAUUACACCAACACCAAGUUUCAUCGAGUCAUUAAAGAGUUCAUGGUGCAGGGAGGAGACCCCACGGGAACAGGUGAGAACAGAAAACAGACCAUUUUCUCAACUACACUCAGAUUCAAUGAAUCAUGUAUUCAUUUCAGUUUUUAUUCUAUUCCGGUCAGUGAAAGUUUCCUGAAACAAAACGUGGAGUUUGACACUUUUAAGUCGUCAUGUGUAAAACUGUGAUCAAUCAAACACAUAAACUUAAUAAUAGAUUAAUUUCACUUAAGGAUUUUUUGGGGCCGAUGCCGAUUAUUGGGGGGGGGGGGGGGGGGGGGGGGGGUCCGAUUACCGAUUAAUCGGACGAUUUUUAAAAAAAAUUUUAUGAGGUUUUAAAAUUUUCUAAAUUCAAAUCCUUUUUAUUGCUAAAACAACCCCUGGCUUUUUAUUAUAACUGUUUUCAAGAUGAUAAACUAAUUCUUUUCAGCUUAUUAUUCAGACUGUAGUGGGUGUGAGUGAUUAUUUUGUCAACCUCCGUCUUGUUUAAGUCGCACACUCGUCAUCCUCUAAAAUAAAUAGCCUAUAUAAAUAAAAAUAAAGCUAACUCACGUAUAUCAUAAAAAAAUGUAGCUCUUCAUGCUGACAGGAAGACCGACUGAUCAUCUCAGUAAUAUUCCACGUAUUUAUCAUGAAUCAGACUCGGACUCGUUUUGAACUACGCAUUUUAUUUCUGAAAAUAUCUGCGAAAAUUGGCGAGUUUUGGCUGAUUACCGAUUAGUCUCAAACAGGCUAAAAUUGGCAGAUUUAAUCGGCUUGCCGAUAAAUCAGUCGGGCCCCAAAAUUAAUUAUUUUAACCUACAGUUAAUGGGAAAAGGUGCUUUAUGUUUGGCACAUUUCUUACAAUGACAAAAACACACUUUAACUUGAGCAGUGCCAAAGAAGACACCACAAAUGAUUAAUCUCCAGUGUAUUAGCUUUACAUGUUAGUUUUAUUUUCAUCCAUGAGUGUGUUCUAUUGUUUUCUUUUGAGUAUUAACAUUUUCAUAUCAAAAUUUUCAGUUGUUUUCCAUUUCAGGGGGGGGGGGGGGGUCCGAUUACCGAUUAAUCGGACGAUUUUUUAAAAAAUUUUUAUGAGGUUUUAAAAUUUUCUAAAUUCAAAUCCUUUUUAUUGCUAAAACAACCCCUGGCUUUUUAUUAUAACUGUUUUCAAGAUGAUAAACUAAUUCUUUUCAGCUUAUUAUUCAGACUGUAGUGGGUGUGAGUGAUUAUUUUGUCAACCUCCGUCUUGUUUAAGUCGCACACUCGUCAUCCUCUAAAAUAAAUAGCCUAUAUAAAUAAAAAUAAAGCUAACUCACGUAUAUCAUAAAAAAAUGUAGCUCUUCAUGCUGACAGGAAGACCGACUGAUCAUCUCAGUAAUAUUCCACGUAUUUAUCAUGAAUCAGACUCGGACUCGUUUUGAACUACGCAUUUUAUUUCUGAAAAUAUCUGCGAAAAUUGGCGAGUUUUGGCUGAUUACCGAUUAGUCUCAAACGGGCUAAAAUUGGCAGAUUUAAUCGGCUUGCCGAUAAAUCAGUCGGGCCCCAAAAUUAAUUAUUUUAACCUACAGUUAAUGGGAAAAGGAGCUUUAUGUUUGGCACAUUUCUUACAAUGACAAAAACACACUUUAACUUGAGCAGUGCCAAAGAAGACACCACAAAUGAUUAAUCUCCAGUGUAUUAGCUUUACAUGUUAGUUUUAUUUUCAUCCAUGAGUGUGUUCUAUUGUUUUCUUUUGAGUAUUAACAUUUUCAUAUCAAAAUUUUCAGUUGUUUUCCAUUUCACACAUAUCUAGCUCAUGUUCUUCAUACUUUAAUUUUCAGUAUCUAUCAUCUUCACUUUACUUAAUAAGCCCGGCAAUAUAUUAAUCCACGGUGAAUCUUAGGUUUCAAUAAGGAGGAAAUUCAGAGAGUAACCUCACAGCAUCAUCCAACCCUUUUUACAUUUUUACUCUUGGUUAAUCUGAUAGUUGUACUGAAGUUAAAUUGUCUUUGUCCUCCUGUCAGGUCGCGGUGGGGCUUCCAUAUUUGGCAAACAGUUUGAAGAUGAACUGAACCUGGAACUGAAAUUCACAGGUAAUAACCAGUGGGCCAGAACUUCAAUUGAAAACGAGGAGGUAGAUGUGGAGGAGGAGAGUGUUGGUUGGUAAUUAAGUAAAAGUCUUCUACACAAUUGGUGUGUUAAUAUGUGUAUCAGCACUAAGUUAUAAAUAGUAUUUUGGUUAGAUUGAAAAUAAGACAGCAAAAUUAAUCAGUAUUAGUUCAUGCUACAAGAUCAUAAUUAUUCGACUACGGAGUGGAUUUGUUUAUGUGCACAGGUCAAUAUCUUAAAGUUUUUAUGCCAGAUCUAAAGUAAAACUUAAUAGUUGUUACCUAUUACUAAGGCUAUAUUCACACUGCAGGUCAAUUCUGAUUUUUUUAACCAUAUGUGACACAUAUCAGAUUUUUUCAUGUGAGUGUGAACAGUACAAUUCUGAUUUUUUCAAAUCUGACCCAGGCCUCAUUUGUAUGUGGAUAUAAAUCAGAUAUGUAUCCGAUGUGACUGCAGUGUGGAUGCUCAGGCGCGUUCAUCCGACCUAUACCUAUCAUCACUAUGCAACAAACGUCUGCAUUGUUCGACAACACAAACAGGCGCGGAAAGCAAUUUGUGCUUUGUGCGCAUGCAGGUCACUUCGCGGACGCAUUCCGUUCACAUUAGAUGCCGCAUUCAUUGUUGUAAUGUGAACAACCGCACAAAAAGAUUGGAUUUAACAAAAAACCCGAAUUGUGCCUCAUAACCUGCAGUGUGAACGUAGCCUUACAUUCAACAUCCUGUCUAUCACUGAGAGGUUCAUCAAAGGUCAUCAAGUUUUCAACUCCUCCUUUAAUUUUCUGUCCGUAAGGUGCUGGUAUUCUGGCGAUGGCCAACGCAGGACCCGACACGAAUGGCAGCCAGUUCUUCCUCACUUUGGCACCCACACAGUGGUUAGAUGGAAAGCACAGUAUUUUUGGGAGAGUCUAUCAAGGGAUGGGAGUGCUGAACCGAAUUGGGAUGGUGGAGACAAGUGGUCAAGAUCGGCCAGUUGAUGAUAUCAAAAUCAUCAGAACUCAUGUAGCAGGUUAAACAAAUCUUUUCUUUUUUUUAUACUGAUGUUUUUCAAUAAAAUGUUUAAAGUCGAAGGUGUACAAUUUUUUUUAAUUGUAUGAGAUCAUCAGUUGAAAGACCAAACCUCAAAACCACUCAUGUAUUACCAUGAAAUAGAGCUGUGAUGAUAUUUUAACUGAAUAAAGUUAUGGUCUGUCAUUUAAUAAAGCUGUGGUAGUUACUUACAACUAUUUGUAGGAUUUUAGUUUGAUACACUCAGUUCAUUCUUAAUAUUCACUUAUAUAAGCAACUUUCAAUGGGUCAAUAUAAAUGUGAUAUAUCACUAUCAAAUAAUGACUAUUAGACCUUUUUAAAUACAAUUUUGUAUUGUGUUUGGUCCCUACAACUGAUUUAAUAUAGCAAGAUUUGAUCCCUUUGGUUAAAUCAACAGACAUUUGAAGACGUCACUGGAAUCAACUAUCUUGCACAACUUUCAUUUUAAUAAAAAAAAAAAAAAAUAGGAAUUGACUCUGUGCCCUGGCCAUUUCAUAUGUGCAAAAGAUUAAAUGUUUACAUUGCUAUCCUAAUAAAACUUUUUAAAACUGUUUCCUGCA